AUGCCGGCCCCCGAGCCGAUUUAUCAUAUAUCGCCUCGAGUACAGCAAGUCGCGCCUUCCUCGGAUCCUCCUCCCUUUGUCUACGUUCUCGCCGGUGUCUCCGGACGCUCCCGAAGCACCGAACUCCCCCUCCAGCUUCAGGCCACGGACUCAGGUCACAAGUUCGCGGUCCAAGCCCUCCUCGACAGCGGUGCUACGGGAUGCUUCAUCGACAACGACCUCGUGCUUCGCCAUCGCCUCACCACCAAGCGCUCCCUCGCGCAGUCCCCUGUCUACAACGUCGACGGUACCCUCAACCACUCCGGGGGAUCCGUGAGACCGUGA